AUGGUCUCAUUCAAGCAACUCACCGUCGCCGGAGCUACGCUUCUCACCGUCGCGCCUCAAGCGAUCGCGGAUCCAAUCCAGGCCCCGCCUAAGCACCAUCUGUCCCACCUGAUUGCUCGCUCCAUUGUCGAUUCUGCACCUUCGGAGGCGCUGGAGCUAUGGGCGCGUAAUGAUAUUGACGGUGAUGAACUGGUCAACAUUCUGUCCCGGGCCGUCUCCGACGACGAGACCGUCGCUGACCUUGCGGCCCGUGGCUUUCUGAGCAAGUUCGUCCAUAAGAACAAGGAGUUGGACAAGGCCAAGCGUCCCGCCCAGUCCAACAAGCCAGAGAAGGGCCUCCCCGCCAUGCCAUCCAAGAAGCAGGCCGAGGCUGGUGUGCGAUAUAAGGCUCCCAGCCGAUCGUCUACCGGCGGCGGUCGGGCUCGACCUAUCCCAAAGAAGGCCCACACAAUGAGGAGAGAUCUUGCAGACGAGCUCGACGUUCGUGGCUUUCUUAGCAAGUUCGUUCAUAAGAACAAGGAGUUGGACAAGUCCAAGCGUCCCGCCCAGUCCAACAGGCCAGAGAAGGGCCUGCCAGCUAUGCCGUCCAAGAAGCAGGCUGAGGCUGGUGUGCGAUAUAAGGCUCCCAGCGGAUCGUCUUCCGGCGGUGGUAGAGCUCGGCCUGUGCCCAAGAAGGCCAAGACGCUUUAG